AUGAAUGCCGGUGAAUUGAUUGUUACGCAUAAAAAGGAAAUUGGAGAUACAAAGUUUUAUACAUUGACUAAAUAUUGUCGGGAUGUGUAUGAAAGAACAGUUGUUUACGAUGGUGAUACAAUCCAAUGUUCGUGCCGGUUUUUUGAUUCUCGUGGACUUCCUUGUUCUCAUAUUUUUCAUGUGAUGAAGGAAGAACAUGUUGAUCACAUUCCUAGCACUUUGGUAUUGUCGCAAUGGACCAAGGAUGCUAAAAUUGAUUAUUUGAACAUGGUGGAUGUUAAUGAUCCAGUUGAUUCCGAUGUGAUUGAGCUUGCCCGUUUUGGUGCAUAUUGUUCUGUUUUGACAACAUUUUGCAAAGAAGCUUCUAAAAAGAAUGGUGUUGUUGAGGAUCCUAUUGGAACACAAAAGUUAGUUGUUGGUGAUCCUAUCCCGGUUCAGAGUAAAGGUGCUCCAAAGAAAAAAAAGAAUGACACAAAAGCUCUCAGGCAUUGUACACAUUGCAAGACUACAACUCAUAAUGCAAAGACUUGUUCGAUACACGUACCAUCUGUACAACAUGUUCCACCUGUACAACAUGUAACUUCUGUACCACAUGUACCACCUGUAUACCAAGUUUAUGGAAUGAAUGUUGGUGCAAAUUCAACUUCGUGUUAUGGUCUAUUACAACAGGUGAUGAAAUCUGCUGAUCAACAAUAA